UCCCUCUAAAACCACUCUGUGUGGGGAACAUGAGAGCCAGACCAAAGCUCAGAGGAACCAACCUGGACCUGAACCCAGCUGUGUGUCCUUAAAGAGUGACUGGUCAAAAGCGAAUAUUUUAGAUUUUCAAAAAACAACAUUAUAUAAUGUAAAACCAGAUUUUUCUGGACCUGAACCCAGCCUUGUGUCCUUGAAGAGUGACUCAUCAAUGUAUAUCCCUGUAGGUUUUAAGGAAGCACACCAUUCGGUUGCAGAAAGAGUGGACCAGGAAAGCUCAGAGGUUGCCAGAGAUCAGUCUGACCGGCAGGAUCAUGCACAUCUGGACUCCAUAUUUAGGCUGCUGGAGGAAAACAUUGUUAAUUUUGUAAAGAAUGAGCUGAAGAAGAUUCAGAAGAUUCUGGGUCCAGAUUACCCAGAAUGCUUAGAGAGUCAUGGGGAGGAUGAAGACUUGUUGAAGGCUGAGAAUGAAAAGCAGAUGAACAGCAGCAGAGAAGCAUUUGUGAAGCUCACUCUGCACUUCCUGAGGAUGAUGAAGCAAGCGGAGCUGGCUGAUCGUCUGGAGAGCAAAAUUCCCAGCAUAUGCCAGAAUAAACUUAAAUGUGCUUUAAAGAAGAAGUUCCAGUGCAUGUUUGAGGGGAUCGCUAAAGCAGGAAACCCAACCCUUCUGAAUCAGAUCUACACAGAGCUCUACAUCACAGAGGGAGGGACUGCAGAGGUCAAUGGUGAACAUGAGGUCAGACAGAUUGAAACAGCAUUCAGGAAACCAGACAGACCAGAAACAACAAUCAGACAAGAAGACAUCUUUAAUGGCUCAUCUGGAAGAGAUGAACCAAUCAGAACAGUGUUGACAAAAGGAGUGGCUGGCAUUGGGAAAACAGUCUUAACACAAAAGUUUACUCUGGACUGGGCUGAAGGCAAAGCCAACCAGGACAUCCAGUUCAUAUUUCCAUUCACUUUCAGAGAGCUGAAUGUGCUGAAAGAGAAAAAGUUCAGCUUGGUGGAACUUGUUCAUCACUUCUUUACUGAAACCAAAGAAGCAGGAAUCUGCAGCUUUGAAGACUUCCAGGUUGUGUUCAUCUUUGAUGGUCUGGAUGAGUAUCGAAUUCCUCUGGACUUCCGCAAAACUAGAGUCCUAACUGAUCCUAGAAAGUCCACCUCAGUGGAUGUGCUGUUAAUAAACCUCAUCAGGGGGAACCUGCUUCCUUCUUCUCGCCUCUGGAUAACCACACGACCUGCAGCAGCCAAUCAGAUCCCUCCUGAGUGUAUUGACAUGGUGACAGAGGUCAGAGGCUUCAGUGACCCACAGAAAGAGAAGUACUUCAGGAAGAGAUUCAGUGAUAAGAAACUAGCUAGCAAAAUAAUCUCCCACAUCGAGACAUCACGAAGUCUCCACAUCAUGUGCCACAUCCCAGUCUUCUGCUGGAUCACUGCUAUAGUUCUGGAGGAUGUUCUAAAAACCACAGAGGGAGAAGAGCUGCCCAAGACCCUGACUGAGUUGUACAUCCACUUCCUGGUGGUUCAGGCCAAAGUGAAGAAGGUCAAAUAUGAUGGAGGAGCUGAGACAGAUCCACACUGGAGUCCAGAGAGCAGGAAGAUGAUUGAGUCUCUGGGAAAACUGGCUAUUGAUCAGCUGCAGAAAGGAAACCUGAUCUUCUAUGAAUCAGACCUGACAGAGUGUGGCAUCGAUGUCAGAGCAGCCUCAGUGUACUCAGGAGUGUUCACACAGAUCUUUAAAGAGGAGAGAGGACUGUACCAGGACAAGGUGUUCUGCUUUGUCCAUCUGAGUGUUCAGGAGUUUCUGGCUGCUCUUCAUCAGUAUUUGAAAAAAAAAAAAAUUUUUUUUUUUGAAGGGCCAGUGUGAGACAUGAAAAUGUGGUUUGUUGUCUCAGGGCAAUGCUAUGCAGUAGAGCAGGGGUGUCCAAAGUCCGGCCCGCC